AUGGUCACUGGCCCUCAAAGGUCAAUGGGCUACUCACAGGCUGAUGCGGUGACCUGUUCGGGAGCAGGUCUUACUCAAGCCUACAUCGGUGCCACCAACUCUUUUACUGUCAAUGCUCAAAAUGCAGGAAAUGAUGUCCUUUAUGUUGGAGUAUCUGGUCCAGUAGUUCCUUGUGAAGAGGUGAACAUAAAACACCUUGGCGACAAUCUCUUUGGAGUCCAGUACUCAGUUCGCGAUCGUGGACGUCAUUACAUCAUGGUGAAAUGGGGUGAAACCCAUAUUCCAGGAAGUCCCUUCAUUGUCGACGUAAUAUAA